AAAAAGUGUAAUUAUUUGAUCCAAAGGUACAUCAAUAAUUGAAUGCAUGAUGUAAAAUAGCAGUGAAGAAGAAAACACACUAAAAACUUUAAGAGUUGGCGCUCCAACAGUUCGCUCUGAUUCCGGAGCAGUUUUUGUUACAUCAGUGGUUGAUACUAAUGCUCUACGGUCGGCACAUAGCCAAGGAAAGAACAUGGGAGAAGGAGGGGGGUAAUGUUUGGUGAGGGUUGGACUUAGACAAGCCACCAAUCAGAGAUCCAUCCGAGGUGCCGUUUGGAGUGUUGACGCGUCAGGCGCGUAUAUAGUCCGGACUCUGAGGAGUCAAGGUACAUUUAAACAGAGGCGAGGAAGAGGAAGGGUGUUGUCUGUUUGGAGAGGAGACGCGCACUGAUACUACAACAACACAAACACAGGACUCCUCCACGCGCCUUCUUCUGUCAUCCCCGUGUCAAACGUUCCGGACAUGUCCCACGUCGAGCUAUCGAGCAGCGCGCUGGAGAGGUUGGUGGCCCGGAGGACCUUUCCUCUCCACAGGCGCACGGGCGUCUGCCGCAACCUCUUCGGACCCGUGGACCACGAAGAGCUGAGCCGGGACGUGAAAGCCAAGCUGCGGGAGAUUUGCGAGCGCGACCGGCAGAGAUGGAACUUUAACUUCGAGGCCGACACCCCUCUGGAUGGAGAUUACAAGUGGGAGGAGGUUCCCGGGGAGAAGAGCCCGGCGUUCUAUCGGGACUGCGCGCAGAGCGCCCGGACGUCCGCCAGGCUGAGAGCCUCCUCGGACUGCACUCUCCCGGAAACCCCGGACGUACUGGAGCGCUUAGCGGCCCCCGAAAGCAGCGGCGUGCCGUGUGCGGCGGAGGUGAACCAGGAGAACCGCGCACAGAAAGUCAACUCAGGGAAGACGAGCAGACAGAUCCCGACUGCGGGGCGCAAAAGGACGGCGUCUGCGGACGGAAACGCACGCAUCCCAGAAUUUUUCGUGAAACGAAGGAGGUCUGUUGACAAAAAAAACAUUGAAACCAGCGCUUGUCAUCUCUCCAAGUCAUCCAUCCCAGUGGAGCAAACUCCCCGAAAGAGGAUCCGCUGAAGGUGGAUUUUUGCACUAUUUCGCCCCAUUUUAUUUUAUUUUUGAAAAAAACAACAAGGAUCCUUAACGGCGCGGCGGCGAAGGAGAAGACGGGCCGCCAAGAGAAGCCUGUGCGCCCGGAGCGCCUUGCGGCGUAGCGAGGCUUCACUCUCAGGACCGGAGGAGACGUAGGAGUUUGAGGAGGAGGAGAAGAUUUUAAAAAAGAGGAAACUUCGACUUAUAUCCAGUACAAAUGUAGCAGACAUUGUUGCUUUUGCAUGCAGCCACUCGACAGUGUUAAAUGUUUUAACAUCUGUGCAAUCCUAAAAAUUUCUUUAAAAGAAUACACUGGCCAAAAGUGUACAGCUUUAUAGAAACAGAAGCCUAUUUUAUUUCUGUUCUGGGUUUUUACUGUAAAAUGUAUAUUUUUUAAGUUUAUUCUAACUUAUAAGUUAUUUAUGUUUCUCUGUAUUUGUUGAUUUUUAUUAUUUACAUUUUUUUUGCAAUCAUGUAACUUUAGUUGUCUACACUUGAAAAAUAGUUGUGUGUCUCUGAGCCGUUUUUUGUGUGUGUGUUUUCAUACAAGUGCCCUGAUUGAGUCGUGUAAAAGAUGGGAAUAAAAAAAUGUCUUUCACUUUA